CUCGUCCUCCCCCAUUCCAACCUCGCGCGCCGUCCCAAUCCCAAAUCCUCGAACCCUACCCGCCGUCCCGUCCCUCCGACCCGGACCCCCUCCCCCUCCAUGCGCCCGCACGACGGCGCCGGCGCCGGCGACGGCGACGAGCGCCUCUUCGCGGGCGUCCGCUUCGCGCUCGUCGGCUUCGACCCCGCCUCCGAGUCCCAGUACCGGUCCGAGAUGGUGCGGCUCGGCGGCGCCGACGCCGGCGGGCACGGCGCGGCGGGGUGCACCCACGUGGUCGUCUUCGGCCUCGUCCACGAUGAUCCGGUGUGCGUGGCGGCGCGGGAGGACGGGAAGAAGGUCGUGACUGAGCUGUGGGUGGACGAUAGCUUGGAUGCCGGAGUGAUUGCCGAUGCCGACCGGGUAUUGUAUAAGCCAGUGAGAGAUCUGGAUGGCAUACCGGGCAGUCAAUCGCUGAACAUUUGCCUGACAGGGUACCAAAAGGAUGGGCGUGAAGACAUCAUGAAAAUGGUUACUUUAAUGGGAGCACAGUUUUCUAAGCCUUUGAUAGCACACAAAGUCACCCAUCUCAUUUGCUACAAAUUUGAAGGUGAGAAGUAUGAACUUGCUAAAAUGGUGAAUAUCAAUCUUGUUAAUCACCAAUGGUUGGAAGAUUGCUUAAAGGCCUGGGAAAUUCUUCCAAUUGAUAAUUAUAACAGAAGUGGUUGGGAACAAGAGAUGAUGGAGGUACAAGUUCAGGACUCCGAAGAUGAAGCAGAAGAUGCUGGCAGAGGUUUAUCUCAUAGCAGAAGCAUUGCCAGAAGUGUGUCUGUUACAGGGAUGAGAAUGGGAACUCAUGUUGAUCCUGAUGUCCGUGCAUCCGUUCAUGGUCUUACUGUCUCCCCUGGCAGUUCCGAGAUUACUGCAGGAAGACACCUGGGCACUCCAGAACAGGGUAGUAAAGAUGUAUGCAUAAUGCCCCUUGAUGUUAGAGCUGACAUACAAAACACUCAUAACACAAAUGGUGUGACAAAUUCUGCUGAUCCUGAGGCACACGAUUCUAUCCAUCCUCCUAUUAACUCCAGUAGCAAUGGAAAGGCUCCUGGAGAUCACAUUACCAGAGAUGAAACCAAAGAUGGUGAUAAAAGGCCACUCGCCGCUUCUACUCUCAACACAAAUGGGCUCACAGAAUGUGCUGAUCAUCUUGUACAUCAAGCAACUAUGGUAUCUCCUGUUCCAGUAGUCAACAAACACAACAUUGAUGGAGAAUAUUUGGACAAUCCCUGUCAGUUCACUGGCAACAAUGUUAGUUUACUAACAUCUUCUGCAGAGAGUCUCUUGAAGAAAGCAUUGCACUCGUCAUGUAUGAGUGGAAACGUCGAUCAUAAGGAUGAUGUACCUGUAGCUGAUCUUGCUGCCAAAGUUGGUCAAGCAAACGUAGAAGGAACUGCAUCCUUGCUUAAGGCUAAUUUGGUAUCACCAGGCAAUUCUGCGUCGAAGACUACACCGAUCUUAAGCUACUCCAGAAAGCGUUCUCGGAAGUCAGUUUCACCCGGAACUAAUUUAAAUUCGGUUGACCAAACAGCAUCUCCCCAAAGUUUUGAGAGAAAUACACCAAAUGUCGAGUUUAAUAUCUCUGCAUCAAUGAAGAGCGAUGAUAAAAUUAGCGAGCUUGCUGAUGCCAAAAGCCUGAGAGACGAAGCAAUAAAACAUGUGGAUAGACCAGACUCUAUACUUGCUCAGAUGAAGUGCAGCCUUUCUUCAGCCAGUCCAAAACUGCUAAAUGGAGGCACAGACUCAGCACCUGGAACUGCAAAUAGUCCUUUCUCAAGCAGGGGAAUUGCAUUUGACGCAGCAACAGUUUCUGAUCUGGGGGAAAAUUCCACUGGAUCUCGACUCACUAAAGCUAAUGGUAAAGUAAACAGCGAUGUUAUUGUGAAUCUUAUGGAGACACAGAAGUCUGACUCUUCUAAAAAGAAGCUGUUGAGCUAUAGGAGGACUUCUUUGAAGCUUGCAAGGUCUUCUGAAGCAGAAAAACUUCCUGAAAUUUUUGAUAAUGAGACGAAGGUAGAGUUACCAGCUAAAGCAAAGGAACUGGCACAGCAUGAAGCAGCAGCAGAGAAGGAACGUGCUAUAAGCCCUUCUAUUAACUCUGAAGUUGAAAAAACAAUUUCAAGUUUCUCUCAUCAAGAUCAGAAUGUAGCAACGAGUAAUGCAUCACAGGUUAAUAGCAUGGAAGCGGUAGCUAUGGACUUGCAGCAUGACAAGGAGGUUUCUCAUGCAACCAUGGAAGCAGGUGCUAGGAAAGUAUCGACUUCUAGAGUGAAGAAUGCUGGUGCUAAGAGGCUUCGGAGUGCUACAAAUGGUAGACGCCGAUCACCUGCACGUUGUAAAAAUGAGUCCAAGUCUAAGCAUGGUAUCGAGGCAGUUCUAUCUCAUGAAAACAUAGAAGCAGAAAAAGGAAAUAAUUGUACCAGUCCGAAUGCUGCUGAAUGUAGAAUAUCCUUUCCUGAAGAAAUCCUGAGAAGUAGAGCAGACACAAUUGCCAAGAACUCACUGAAUGCCAACAGUGAGAUGAAUGAUGUGCUAGCGGCUUCAAAGCUGGAGUUUGCUAAUGUGAUUUCAAGGGGAAGUAGCCCUAAAAAACUUCCAAGCGGCACAACUGAUGAUCAAUUUCAAAGAGGUUCAUCUGAGAAGGUGGCAUAUGCCAUAGCAAGGAGUGCUGUUCCAGAAGUUUCCCAGCCUGCUGACAUUAAGAUGACUGAUGAACCAACCGCUGAUAAAGCCAAGGCAGUAUCUUUGAAGUCGAAUUUUUGUGAUGCAGUUCCCCAAGCUUCCACUGAAAAGCUUUCAAGCACUGCAAGUGCUGAUAACCAUGAAACAUGCGCUCCUGAUGGAGUACCAAAGAACAGAGUGCGCAAAGGAGUUGCGAAGAGGAAAAUUUCUGCCACACAACAGUAUGUAUCUGGUAGUGAACCUUAUAACACUGGUGGUGUCUUCCCAUCUGAAGCUGAAGUUGACACAAUCAAGAGGGCUGCAGAGUGCUCAACAAAUGCUGACAAGGCAAUGGCGGAUAAGGAUGUCCAGAGUGCUAAUAAGGAUGGUACAGCAAAUGAAGUUGGAUCAUUUUGCAAAGAUUCCUUUGAGGACAUAUCGGAAGAUGCGCAAAAAAUAAAGCCGUGGAGCAGCAAAAAGAAAAAGGUUGCAGAUGUGAUGGAUGUUUCUACUCACCAUGAGAAGGAGAAUGUACCAUCCAAAGAUGUGCAAAACAAAAAGCCCAGGAGCAGCAGAAAGAAGAAAGUUGCAGAUGCAGUGGAUGGUUUUACUGACCAUAACAAGGAGAAUGUACCAUCCAAAGAUGUGCAAAACACAAAGCCAAGGAGCAGCAAAAAGAAAAAAGUUGCAGGUGCAAUGGAUGGUUCUACUGACCAUAACAAGGAGAAUGUACCAUCCAAUGCUGAUCUCUCUCCUAAAUCAAAAUACGGAAAUACCUGUGUAAGUUCCAAAUGUAUCACAAAAUCGGUUCAGAAUGGGAAAGAUGUGCCUGGUGACCACAGUAUAAGAGAAGGAAAUGAUUGCACAACCUUGGCCUUGUUGGAACCAACAUGGUUUAUUUUAAGCGGGCAUGGCUUACUGAGGAAGGAUUGUAUGUCGAUACUUAGACGCCUGAAGGGUAGAGUAUGCAGGGGUUCACAUCAGUGGUCUUUCCAAGCGACACAUUUUAUCGCACCCGAGCUCCGCAGAACCGAAAAAUUCUUUGCAGCUGCUGCAGCUGGGAGGUGGAUACUCAAGUCUGAUUACUUGAGUGCUUGCAAUGAGGCUGGCAAGUUUGUAGAGGAAGAACCAUUUGAGUGGCACGGUGAUGGCCCUAACAACGGCGACACAAUAAGUUUGGAUGCUCCAAGGAAAUGGCGGCAACUAAGGGAACGUACUGGACAUGGUGCCUUCCACGGGAUGAAGAUCAUCAUAUAUGGAGAGUGCAUUUCUCCAUCAUUGGACACGCUGAAGCGUGCGGUGAAGGCCGGUGAUGGCACCAUCUUAGCAACCUCCCCACCUUACACCCGGGUACUGAAACAUGGCGCCAGUUUUGUGGUCGUAUCAGCAGGCGUGCCGGGCACAGACGCAUGGGUCCAGGAGUUCGUGAGCCACGACAUCCCCUGCAUCAGCGCGGACUACCUGGUGGAGUACGUGUGCAAGCCCGGCCACCCUCUGAACAAGCACGUCCUCUUCAACAUGCACGACCUGGCAGACAGGUCCCUGCAGAAGCUACAGCGUUCUCAGCAAGGUGAACUUGGCGGCGCCGGCACUGCAGAGGCGGCAGCUGGGGGAGGCGACCCCGAAAUAAGCUGUUCUGCUUGCGGAUCGAGCAACCGGGAAGGAGCCGUCAUGUUGAUAUGCCGCGGCAGCAGCGAGGGGAGCAAGGCUGGCUGCGGCGCUGGGAUGCAUGCCGAUUGCCUGAACCCGCAGCCUGGAGCUAGUGCUGCUCUGGAUGGUGAGUGGUUGUGCCCCAAGUGCGACGACGGGCGUGUGAAAGCGAAACCACCUCCUAAGAAGAAGGCCAAGAAAGGUGGCAGCAGAUCAGGAAAGCCCAAGCGCAAAUGACCAUUGUGGCUCUGUUGGUGCUGUUUUAUUUUUGGCGAGGACUGUCGCUGCUGUGUUACUACUACUACUAUAUAUACUAAUAGACUGCCCGUGCGAUUGCCACGGGCUUUUGAAAUAGUUUGCAA